AUGACUGCUACAGUGCCACAAAGUCCAAAAGUCCUUGGCUCCUGUUUAGUUUCACCUUUGUACCUUGAAAGCGUUCUGUUUCCCCACUCGUCUGCUGUCACAGACAUGCUCUCUUUGACUUUACGGCAGACACUCAAGCCCCUCCUUCCCAGGGUUUUGGGAUGUUUGGGCCGAAAUCACCAAACCACCACUGGCUGGACAGGACAGGAGAGUCUGGCCCAGGAUGACCCAGAGAUGUGGAGCCUCUUGCAGCAGGAGAAGGACAGGCAGUGUCGGGGACUGGAGCUCAUCGCAUCGGAGAACUUUUGCAGCCGCGCAGCGCUGGAAGCCCAGGGAUCAUGUCUGAACAACAAAUACUCAGAGGGAUACCCAGGACAAAGGUAUUAUGGAGGAGCAGAGAUAGUGGACCAGAUUGAGCUGCUGUGUCAGAAACGAGCACUUGACACAUUUGACCUGGACCCAAAUUUGUGGGGCGUCAACGUCCAGCCGUACUCCGGGUCCCCUGCCAACUUUGCAGCCUACACAUCUGUGCUGCAACCUCAUGAUCGCAUCAUGGGCUUGGAUCUGCCUGACGGAGGACACCUCACCCAUGGCUACAUGACAGACACCAAAAGAAUCUCAGCCACCUCCAUCUACUUUGAAUCAAUGCCUUACAAGCUGGAUCCCAAAACAGGUCUAAUAGAUUAUGAGCAGCUGGAGCGAACAGCCCGGCUGUUCAGACCAAGACUCAUCAUCGCAGGAACUAGCGCCUACGCUCGCCUCAUCGACUAUGCUCGCAUGAAGAAGCUCUGUGUUGAGCUGAACGCCUACCUGCUGGCAGACAUGGCUCACAUCAGUGGCCUGGUGGCAACAGGAGCUGUUCCAACGCCUUUCCACCAUGCAGACCUGGUCACCUCCACUACCCAUAAGUCACUGCGUGGAUCAAGGGCAGGUUUGAUCUUCUACCGCAAAGGUGUGCGCUCUGUGGAUAAGAAGGGUCGAGAGGUGAUCUAUGACCUUCAGGACAAGGUCAACUUUGCUGUGUUCCCUUCACUUCAGGGAGGACCUCACAACCAUGCCAUUGCUGGGGUGGCUGUUGCCCUGAAACAGGCUUCAACUCCCAUGUUCAAACAGUACAUCAGCCAAGUGCUGCUGAACGCCAAGUCCAUGGCUGACGCUCUGCUGAAGAAAGGCUUCACACUGGUGUCAGGGGGAACAGACAACCACCUGGUCUUGGUUGAUCUUCGACCUCGCGGGAUGGAUGGUGCUCGUGCCGAGAGGGUCUUGGAGCUGGUUUCCAUCACUGCCAACAAGAACACCUGCCCAGGAGACAAGAGUGCCCUCACUCCAGGAGGACUCAGGCUUGGAACUCCAGCUCUGACCUCCCGACAGUUCAGUGAGGCAGACUUUGAGAAGGUUGUUGAGUUUAUUGAUGAAGGGAUUCAGAUCGCACUGGAUGUGAAGAUGAAGACUGGAAACUUGGCCAGCUUCAAGUCCUUCCUGCUGGAGGACCCUGUGACAGUGUCGCGCAUAGCAGAGCUCCGCCAGCGGGUGGAGCUAUUUGCCAGGCCCUUCCCCAUGCCAGGAUUCACUGACCACUGACAACAUUAAUGAGAGAAAGGCCGUUUCCCUGUUGCUUCAUGAAGACCCUGGAUCCAGAAGACCUCCUCUUAUGUGACCAUUUCUGCACACAGUCACAUCAUAUCACGUCUGUACCAACUCAUGACAUUACAUCUGCAAUAUAACAUGAAAGAUCUAAUGUGAUGUGAAUGAUUAAUGAUAAAUAAAAUGCCACGUGAUCUAGCUAAUGUGUUAAGGCUGGUCAUGAUCACUGAUGUUGUGCUCAAAAGAGAAAAGUGAUGCUAUUACUACUAAUAGUACUACAACUAAUUUCAAUAUUAAUGAUUCAUAAUGAUAUAAUAAUGCAGAACUGGUUCUUUAAAUUUUGUUUGUAUUUUAUGCAUUGUUUUUAUAUACUUAUCAACAACCAUAUCUCAUGCUGUUGACACUGGCAAAAGAAGGAUUUGUAUGACAAGUUUGUGAACAGUAGCAUAUUGAUCUACAUACAGCUACAUUAUAAUGUGUUAUAAAUCAUUUAUUAAGUGUCUGUUAUUUGCUAAUAAAUGUUGAAAAAGGGAA